AUUAUGGAAAUGGAGCAUGCGCGCGAUGAUCUGAUGUUCGAGGUGCAUAAAUUGCAGCAGGGCAGUGUGGACUACGAAAAGAGUCUGCUAAAGACCUAUUUCUCGGAUUUGGACAAAGUAAUCCAGGAAUUGGCAAAGCAGCUGUGGUACAUUUGUUCUCGCUGUUUGGAAGCGGUUCGUGGAGCUGAAGAAGGUGCAACGCAGUUGGUGACCGCUCUGCGCAUCAUCGAACGUGAAGAGAGGAUUGACCAGUAUUAUAUGGAUCGAAGAGUACUAACCAACGAUUUUAUACCGCCUGGUCGACCACGGGAAUGGAGAAAUAAAUGCCUGGAAGUUAUUGCAAGCACGGUGAAGCAACGGAUCGAAGGCAAUCAGUUGGAAGACCGAUCUCUAAAUAAACAGUGGCUUGCUAGGUACUUGGAAAUUUGUCGUCUUGUGUUAGUAAAUGAUUUGUUGGUUGCAAAAAGUGCAGCCGCACCGUGUUUUCCACCAUGCUAUGGCAUCUAUGAUCGCUUUGUGUCUAUG